AUGGCAACAGAACCCUUUCCAACGCUGACUUCCAUCACGGGCGGCUGCCUCUGCGAACGCUGCUUCUGCGCCGCCUGCGGAUCGUUCCUCUUCUGGCGCGCCGAGGACGAGGCGACCCUCGACCUGGCUGUCGGGUGUAUCGACCCGGAGUUUCUCUUCGGCGAGGAGCGCCGGGCCCGCGACGAGGAGGACGGGAGCGGCGCGAAGGGGACGCGGGAUGAGGGGUUUGGGAGGGCGCUGGCCGGCGCGAGGACGCACGUGUGGUGCGCCAAUGAGGUCGCGGGCGUCACGGACGGGAUGCUGCGCGGGAAGAAGAUGGAGAGGGAUACGCGGCACGGCGUCGUCUUGUACGAGGAUUGA